UAGAAUUUGUGUGGAAGACACUAGCACCUAGUUAUGGUCUCUUGGAAAGAUUCUUUUCUACUCGAACUCAAAGUCCCAGCCUUCAACACAGAGUGGUGUCUGACGACUGACUGACUAUCUAUCUCUGGAACACUUCCAGUCUCCCACCGCCAUGGCCGAGGCUACCAGCAACACCAAGACAUCCACUCGUCCCCACAAAAUCAUUGCCGGAGCGGACUCAUUCGGCUGUGCCCUCAAGGAUACCCUCGUCUCCCACCUCCGAUCUCUCAACAUUGACGUCGAGGACCUCGGCACCUCCUCCUACUACUCUAUCGCAGCCGAGGUUGGUCGCCGCGUCUCCUCUGAAAAGUCUUCCGACACCCGUGGGCUCGUAGCCUGCGGUACCGGAGUAGGCGUAUCCAUCUUUGCCAACAAGUUCCCCGGCGUCUUCGCCGCCACCUGCCUCACCCCCGAUGAAGCUCUCAACGCCCGCUCCAUCAACAACUCCAACGUCCUAGCCGUCUCCGGCAUGUCCACCUCCCCCGACUCCGCUAUCGAGAUUCUCAACUCCUGGCUCGACACCCCCUUCAAGGCCCCUUGCCCCGCCUCCGGCUCCAAACCAUGGCCCGAAGAUAUCCAAUCCUUCCUUGACAACUCCCUCUCCGAAAUGCCCAAGAUCGGAUCGGAAUCCCAAUCCGAUCCCGAUUCGACGGCAACCUGCGCCAUAUGUUGUUUGGUGAAAAACCGAGAGUUGAACCCGAUCGACUUGAUACCGGGGGGAUCGAUGAAGAUCUUGAGGGAGAGCCCGACCUCGGCUAUAGUGAGGUUCAAGGCUGGGAGCGUGGAACCUGCGCACCAUCAUACCUUCGGGCACGACCUGGUGGUGUUGGAGGGGAAGAAGAGCGUGUGGAAUUUGACCAAAAAGGAGAAGUACGAUUUGGUUGUCGGGGAUUAUCUGUUUACUCCGGCUGGGGAUGUGCAUAGGGUGAAGUAUUAUGAAGAUACGGAGUUCUUCAUCAAGUGGGAUGGGAAGUGGGAUAUGUUCUUCGACGAGGAUCUUGCGGCUGCCAAGACCGCUGUUGAGAAGGAAUUGGAUAGUGGGUCUUCCUGAAAAAAAAAAACAGACUGUUUUUGAAUGACAGUUGUUGUCCUUGUUCUUUUUCUUGUGCGUCUGAUGUUUUUGCCGGUUAAGGAUGCUUACGGGGUUGGGUCCCGUGGUAUUCAGGUCGUGGGUCGUUUCGUUAUAAAACACGUAUGGAUCAUAAACCACCUCUUGUGUUUGUGUUUGUAACAAAGCUCUCUUUUUAUAUAAGAAACUGCAAGGUUCAC